CUUGCUAACCAGCGCCAGUCAGCGGUUUGAGUUCUAACGAUAAGGAGUGCUUUCCCUGAAGCACCGUUUUGUCCCUUAAGUGCGUGUGUGCGAACAACAGCAGCAACAAAAAUGAUGGACUUCUUUAUUGCGAAAAACCACAACACUCCUGUGGAGGCACCGGCGCCGGAGAUGGAGAUGCUCACGUUACCAUUUCCCAAGGAGGACGGAGAACAUACAAACGGAGUUGUUGAGAAGAAGAAGAAGAAACCUAAAGCUACUCCCAAACAGCCAACGCCCGAGCCGGAGAUAUUCACGGGCUUUAACUAUCUCCCAAUGGAACUGCUGCUGAAGGUGAUGAAACAGAUCUCGGUCGACGAUCGGCUUGCCUGCGGCCAAACCUGCCACCGGUGGAUGGAGGCGGCCCACUACUACCUACCGUUCAGCGAUCGCAUCAUCUACCGUUUCACGAACGUCAACUUUACCGACUACGAGCCGCCGAUCAAGAGCUUCCUAGGCGCGUUCCGGAUAUUCCCGCGCAUCGCCAUCAAAGCCUGUACCUUCUACGGGAACAGCCAGUUCUGGCCGCUGUUUGGAGAGCACGUGAUCGAGCUGACGAUAAAGAACUGCCUGAUCAAGGAUACCGAGCUGCUGUACAUCUUGGAGCACGUGCCAAAUCUGCGCCAGCUGAAAAUAGAGCAGUGCGACGAGCUGUUUCGGUCGUGGUAUUUCGAGAAGCGCCAAAGCUGCUGCGAGUCUCACUUUGUGCUGCCGGACCUGCUCGACGUGUCGCUCACGAACAAUGACUUCUUGGACGAGCUGCACUUUAACAAGCUGAUGACGCUCGCACCGAAUAUUGCGCAUUUGGAUCUGUCGAACUGCUUCAAGAUGAUUGCGUCCCAUCGGCGGGUCGCGAUGGUGGAGCACAUUAUGCGCUUUAUCAACAUGCACCAGUUCCAGCUGCACACGCUCAAGUUUAACGGGACGCUUGCGAUCGACGAUAUCUGUCUGAGCACACUGUCCAUGAUCGAGGGGCUGAGCUUGGAAACGUUCAGCAUGACGUUCUGUGACAAGAUACCGGCGGCGAUCAUUGAUCUGCUGAGGCGUCAGCCGGACCUGAACAUUACGCAGGACCUGGAGUGGAAGGUGGGCAGGCAUCCGAUCAAAGCGCCCGGGUUCAUCAGCUUCCUGGUGCGGCAAACCAAUCUGGUGCAUCUGGAUCUAACCUCGUCGCUCGGCAUUACGGAUGAGGUGAUGGAGCUGAUCACGACCUGUUUGCCGAAGCUGAAAACGCUCAAACUACGGCGCUGCAUUCUGGUGACGGACGAGGGCAUCAUGAACAUCGUCAAUCUGGUGAAUCUGGAGGUGCUGGAUCUGUCCAACUGCUAUCGCAUCUCGGAUCAUGCGAUGUACAGGGGUGUGAUCGGACGGAAGGUGAAAAACCUCCACGAGCUGUACCUCUGCGAGCUGCCCACACUGAGCGACUACUCGCUGAUACAGGUGACGCUGAAUUACGAGAUGCUGCAGGUGCUGGAUUUAAGCAACAGCCCGAAUGCGGCAACGGACGCCACGAUGCAGUACGUCAACUACUAUCUGGUGUCGCUCAAGCAGCUCCAUCUGUACUGCUGCACGAAGCUGACGGAUUCGGGCCUAACUGGGAUCGAUCUGCCCGUAAAGCCGAUGAUCACCUGGGACCAGGAGGAAACGUUCCCGCUCGAUCGGCUGUUUAAGCUGCGCGUACUGAACCUGAUCGGUUGCUACCGCAUUACGGACCUGUCGCUCGAGAACGCUUUCAAGCUGGCGGAGUUGAAGGAGUUGCAUCUCGCGCGUUGUUAUCAGAUCUCAGAGAAGGGGAUUGCCGUCCUGAGCCAAGUGGCAACCGCGCUCGAGUUUAUCGAUCUCAGCGAGUGUCCGCUGGUGAACGAUAACUGCAUCGAGAUGCUGACGGCUAACCUGAAGCGGCUCCGAACCCUCAAAGUGAACAAGUGUCCCCAGCUGACAAACGCCUGCCUGGAGAUAAUCGGACGAAACUGUAGCUACUUGAAGUUUUCCUACAGUACCUGCACAUGAUCGACUGCCGGCGGGUGCGAAAACCGCGCGAACGGCUCGCGAACCAUCGCUCGCUCAAGGCGGUCUACGUCGAGUGGUAGCGGCGUCCCGUCCCCAGAUGGUGAAGGGUUCCUAUGACUACUACCACUUUACCAAUUGUACUGAAACGAUCAAUAAACAAGUGAAAGCCAAACGAGUAAAAAGAAA